CUUCCCCUGGAUGCUGCAGAUGAUAAGUGGCACAUGUAUGGAAAAACAAUUUCAACUUUAAAUAAAAGUUUAAUGUUGGACCUUGCAAAGAAGAUUCAAAGAGUUACGUAUUGUACAGUGGUUUAAGAUAUGAGUGAUGUCAUAGAUGCUUAGAAUCAUAUUAUACAAAGAAGAUGAUAACUAUCCAGAUACUAGAGAUAAACAGCCCAGGUCACUUCUUCUGUAGAGAAAUAGAUAGUGAAACAGCAUCUUUGGAACAUCAACAUUUCCUACAAUUGCAAGAAGAUUUAAAUCAAGUCUACAACCAGGAACAAACUGUUCAACAGCAAUAUAUACCAUCAAAAGGUGAAAUUUGUAUAGCUUUCAGACAAAGGGACAGAAAGUGGUACAGAGUAAGGAAUGAGGGUGUUUUUGCCAGAAAAUAUGGACAGGAAGCUUGUUGUUACUUUGUUGAUAAAGGUGGAGAAACUGAAUCUAUAAGUGUCAGAUGGAUACGGAAGUCACUGGAAAGGUUUCUGAAGCUUCCUUUUCAGAUUAAAGAGUGCUCUGUGUUUGGUGUGAAGGCCUUGACACUGGCAAUUCAGGAAGAUCUGUCAGUGGCAGAAAAAUCAUGUUUGAAGUGGGAUGACUCUGCAACUACAUGUAUGGAAGCAUGUGUAAAAAGAUCAGUCUCAGCUAGUGCUAAGGUAUUGUACACAGACAAUACAGGAAGGAUGCAUAUCAUCUUAUACCUCGAUAAAGGUGGGGAAACUUAUAAUUUCAAUGAUUUGCUAGUUGCAAAAAGAUAUGCAGUCACUGAUGAAACAGAUGGCCAGGUAGCCCCAGAUCAAUCAAAAACGACAAUGACCAGAAAUACCAAAUUCUUACAGACCCUUUUGGCUGAAGAACAGAACGCAAGUUUCAGUGACAGUGAAAUAUUUGGAAGGCAUCAUAUACCUUCCACCUCACAUUCUGACACUGACGAUAUUAUAGCACUGAAACAAUUCACAGGUCAAGAAUAUUUAUCUGAUACAAACUAUAAGGGUAGUAGUUCUAGCUCAACUCUUAUAGGAAAACCUCCUAAAAUGAAAAUGUCCCCUACAAAAAGACGGGAAAGAAGAUCUGAAGAUUCUUCUGACUUUAAACAGAUUUUCAUUAGUGAUCAGGAUUCAAAAAGUGAUGAUAAUAGAUCUCAGAGAAAAAAUGAAAACUCCAGAUUUGUUACAAAACCAGGUUUAUCAUUGUCAGGAAAUGUUUCAGACACAGGCAUGAUUGAUGUGAGGAAUGUAAAUAGAAAUAAUCUACAAGUGCAUAAUUCAUACAGUGACACAGAAUCAUUAUCACGAGGGAGAAGUUUAUCUCCUACAGCUAUAACUUUAGGAAGAGGAAGAGCUAGUUCACCUUUAAACCUUUGUAAAGAGAGGUCACCUUCACCAAUGACCUCAAGUAGAGGAAGAUCACCUUCACCAAUGACCUCGAGUAGAGGAAGUGCACCUCCAGUAUCUUCAGCAUUGCCACCUACAGGCAGGGGAAGAGGACAAUUAGAUAUUCUAAGAUUAGCUAAGCAUUUACGUUUGCCUCCAUCAUCUCCAAGUUCUACCUCUGAUUCUGAUCAUAAAAGCCCAACUAGUCCUCAAAUUAAUACGUCCCUUUUUAAUAAACUAAGAGAUAAUGCUGUAUUGUCCAGUUCAUUGGACAGUGGUGGAGCUAGACACAAAGUGUACAGAGGUGUACCAGGACAGUUUGAGGAUUCAGAAUCUGACUCAAGUGCAGCUCUAUCAAAUCAAAACAGUGGACUUGACACUUUACUGAGAAAAGACACAAAUGUUCCCUUGACCAGGGGUCGCCUACCUAAAGCUGCUCUGAGUAGAAUAGGUUUGUCAUCAGGUAGUGAUACAGAUCAUUCUAAAAACAUUUCAUCGAUUCUAAAAAAGAACCAACAACUAGCUUUUACAGGAAGUGGCAAUCAAGACACAAAACAGGAAAUGAGAAAUGAAGAAAUGUCUGACAUGGAUCUUUAUGAAUCUCCAAAGAAAGAAAAGUCAUCUGUAAGAUUUAGUGAUGAUGUUGCCAGUUCAUCAGGAGCAGAGAUUAGUCCAUCCAAAAAGAAAUCCCCCAGUUUGAGAAAUAUGACAGAAGAAGAAAAGCGAAGAGCUGACAUGAUCAGUAAACAGCAAGGACAUCAACUUUUAAGUAUAUUAAAACCCAGCUGUAACACAACAGGAAUACUGGGAGGAGUUUCACUUAUGGGAAUAGAGCCUGUUAGAAUGGAUAACUUAGACCAGGUGCUUGUCCAUAGUGCUGAUAGAAUUAAUCCUAUUACUGAUCUGAAAGAUGCACCUAUUGGCAAGUUAAUGAGAGAGGCAUUACGUCAAUUAGAUUUUCCUGCACCAAGACUUAUACAGGCUUAUGCUUGGAAAUGUAUUCUGCGUGGAAUGAACUUUGUUGGAUUGUCUCCCCCUGAUUCUGGGAAAACACUAGGCUACUUAAUUCCUAUCAUCUCCCAGAUACUCAACACUGGGAGGUAUGCUACUCUGCCUAAAGGACCAGGGCCAUUUGCUGUAGUAUUGGUGCCAUCUUGGAAGAAAAUACGACACUUGUUAUGUGUUACUCAUGGUUUGUUACAAGGAGAAAAAAAGAUCCGAAUCAUUGAACUGUAUGGUUCAGGAGAAGAUCUAAAAAUGUGUCCUUUGAUAAAUGGUUGUGAAAUCUUAUUGUGUACUCCACCCAGCCUGAAACGUGUAUUAGAACUAAAUUAUGUUCAUCUCAACAGAUUGUGUCAUUUGGUAGUUGAUGAUGCAGAGGUGACAUUAAAUAAUUUUACAGAGGAGGUGAGAUUCAUUGUAAAAACUUACAGUGAUGAGCUAAGAAAGCAAGAUGAUCGAACUGCUCCCCAGCAGCUGAUGUUAUUUGGUACACAGUGGGAAUCCAAGGUCCAGAGUUUUAUCAGUUCAUAUAUGUGUGAACCUAAAAUUGCUAUAACUUCCAGAUAUGAAGCUUCAUUGUAUGGAAAAGUGCGACAGAUACCUGUGGUGUGUCACCAUAUGCAGAAACCCAACAAGUUCCUUGAUAUAUUGGAUGAUAUCCUAAAAGAAAACUGUAAACUUAUUAUAUUUGCCUCAAAAGUCAACUUGGCAUGUAAUGUAUACAAGCUUUUACAGUCUCGUUCACUCUGUGCUAUGCUUGCUCAUGAUAGUAUGGACAAAUUUGACAUUGAAGAGAAGAGCUCGAGUUGGUAUUGUGAUGAAGGGGAGGAGCCAAUUAUUUUGGUUGCCACAGAUGGCAGUAUACCACAUCUUUAUAUCAAUAAUGCCACCACUAUCAUCCAUUAUGAUCUGCCAGAUUCAAAGACCAAGUUUGGAAAUAGAAUGUCGUGUAUGUCAAGACAUUACUGGAACUUCUUGACCAAAGAUCAGGAACAAAGUGUUAUACCAACAUCAUACAUACUGAUUACUGAAGAAUCUACAGAAACUGUCGACACCAUAUCUAAGCUGUUGAUAAGGUCGAAGGUCAAACUUCCAGAGCAGCUGAGACAGAUGUUAGCAGGCAGGAAUCAGGCACUUAAUCUAGAUAAAGAAAAGAGGCUUUGUCAUUACUUGAAAGCUUUUGGAAGAUGCAGACAUGAAGAUGUGUGUAAGGAUAGACAUUUGAUUGUACCAGAUAUUGAUGGAAGAAGUAAAUUAACUUGUGGAUAUGUCAAGAUAAGAAUGACAAAUAUAGUAGAUGCCAGUCAUUUCCAUGGAAUAAUUCAGGAACACAAAGCUCCAGAUGGAACAGUCACAGAUUUAAGAUGUGAUUAUACUAACCUCCUCUUCCAGAUGCAGUCUUUCUUUGGAGAUCAUAUGAACAGACAACGACACACAAAUAUGUGUAUUGGAGAUGUUUGUGCAUAUGAAUUUAGCGAAAUAUUUCACAGAGUGAAGAUUACAGACCUUGGUAAUUUGAACUCUAAUGAUGGAGGAAUAAUGGCGACUGUGAAGUUUGUAGAUGAUGGAACUGAACAGAAAGUAGAAGCAAAAAAAUUGUUUGACCUACCUCAGAAAUUGAAAAAUAUAUCAUUUCAGGCUGUUGAUGUAUUCAUAUGCAGAAUUAAACCUAUAGAUAGUGAUGAAGAUUGGACACCAAGGGCCAGUAUGUUCAUUCAUCAGCUUAUAGAACACAAAGAAUUAGAUGGCAGAAUUGUUUUAAGCAUGGAGAACACCCUUUGGCUUGAUCCUUUGGUUGAGGAGAUUGAAUUAACAGCAGUUGGAACAAAAGUGCAUAAAAUGUAUGUACGUUCAGAACUACUGAAGAAUGGUUUUGCUGUUGAUAACCCUAAGCAUCUACAAAACCUGUAUGAACUUUGUAAAGGAAAGAUAAAAAUUCCAGAUAUCAAUAAGGAAUUGCACAAAUCUGAAGAGACAUUAUCAGUAGACUUACUGCCAGAGAAUUCAGAGUUCCAUGAAGUUUAUGUAUCUGCAGUGGAGUUGCCCAACCUGUUCUUUGUACAGAGGAAAGAAUCUUGUAAACAGCUAGAAAAAAUGAUGGACUGUCUCAACAACACAAUGGACAGGUGUGACGAAAACAUGCCCUGUACAGAAGAAGAUUUAAAUGAGGCUAUAUGUGCAGCCAAAUUCCCAGAUGAUGACAGAUGGUAUAGAGUAAAGGUGAUUUGUGGACAGGAGGAAGGAAGUGUAGAGGUAUUUUAUGGAGACUAUGGAGAUAAGAGGACGGUUACCAGGGAAGAUCUAUUCCAACUCCCACACGAUUUCAUGAUGGUUCCUUUCCAAGCUAUUGAAUGUGAAUUAGCUCAUGUUCAACCCAGAGGUGAUGAUUGGGACGAUGAAAGUGGUGACCUGUUCUGGGACUUGACACAUAUGGUUAAUGAUGACAAGAAACGGAUUAUGGCUAGUGUUGUAUCCAAGUCUCCAGCAGUGUAUUCUGGAUUAUUUAAAUAUGAGGUAGUACUGUAUGACACAGACACAUCAGAUGAUGUAAACUUGUGUCAGGAACUAGUUUGGUCCAGCCUGGCAUCACCAAAACCUAAUUCACCACUCCAGGAGCUGUGUCCUAUUCCUCAGAUGGGCAGAAAAAUAUACAAAUCUACAGCACAGAAAAUACCAGAUCUCUGUGGCAUCAUAUACUGGGAAAAGAUCACAGAACGAGCCAAGAAAGCACCAAAAGAUAUCUUUAAUAUUGUUGGACAAAAUCUACAAAGUUCUCCAUUAGAUUUGAUAGGUUACAAGGCAUUGGCAUCCAUAAUUAAGAUGAUAGGAAGAAUCUCAGACCCUCCAUCACAUCAGUGGAUCUUAGAAAGUUUAUUCUCUUCAGCAAGAGCCAGUCAGAGGUUACAACAAGAAAUCAUUGAGCAAGAGUGUGGUAUAGGAAUAAUCAAAUGUCUGGAACAGAAUUGUAGACCAGAUAUACAAGAACAAGCAAUAAUAUCUAUAGACAAGUUCUUGGAAAUCAGUAACAGCUUCUUAUCUGUGUUUAAUAACAAGCGUACAAUAGAGAUUUUGUGCCAGUUUCUGGGCGUUGCAGAAAGGAUCUCAACUCUUGUUGAAAUCUAUACAGCUUUAUCAUCACUGUGUGUUUUAUCAAGCAAAAUAUGUGAAUGGGCUCAGAAUUUUGGUGUUUGUACGGUAGCACAGAAACACCUAGAAAAGAUCAGCGAUACCAGUGUAGAAGAAGCUGCCUUAAAAUACCUGGUUAAACUGAUGGAAAGGAGUGCUGAGCAGCUGAGAAAGGAUAAACUGAUGAGAGCAAUUGUAUCUGUGUUGGACAAGAGUCAGUCUGAAAAGUGUAUACUGUAUGGUGUAAAGCUUUGUGACAACUAUUGCCAUGACAACAGGAAAAACAAAACAGUUUUAUUGGAAUAUGGUGUUGCUGUCAUAUUAACAAGGAUCUUGAAUUCAGUCCACAUUUCUGAGGACACUAGAAAACAUUGCCAGACAUUAUACCAUGCCCUAGUAGUGAAAAUACCUCAAUCAACUUCUAUAACAAACAGACCAACAGGGCAUAUUGAAAGUCCCAAACAGGGGGCACAGCCUCCAGUGCAUUGGGUACAGAAUACCUUUAUAGUAGUUCUUAGUGUGAAGAUUAAAGCUGUUGUCACAUGUGAUAUUGAUUUCCAACCAAGGAAACUGGAAUUCAAGACAAAAGUUGAUGGAAAACCAUAUCAAUUCUUUUAUGAACUUUACGAUGAAGUAAAUCCGUCCAAGUGUAAAUAUGAAAUCAGAGGUAGUGAAGUUGGAAUUUCUCUAAGGAAAGUAGAGAAAGGACAAUGGCCAAGACUUACUAGGGAAAAAAUAAAGUAUUCCAAUUUAAGUGUAGAUUUUGAAAGGUUUGUUGACAGUUCAUCAGAUUCUGAAGUUGAUGAUGAAGAAAGACCAUUUAUGUUAACUAAAAGUAAGAACAAACAACUUCCAAGCAACUUGAAGAAACCAUCAGCUAUAGACAAAAAUACAAAUGAUGUCAGUAGUGAAGAGUCCUCGUCUGUAUCAGACGAGGAAGUAAAAUAUAAAACUUCAGCAGAAUAUAGUCCAUAUGAUAUAUUUAACUGAGAAUAGAGUUAUGCAGCAUCGUUCCUACUACCUUCAAGAUAAAUCAAGAUGGAAAAACUUAUGUGCUGCUACAAUUUUUUUAACACAAUUUGUCUACCUCCUAUCUGAGAUCUGAUCCAAAACAACUGUGAAGUUGAAAAAAGAUUGUUUGUGUUUCUUGUUUUGAAUGAGUAAAUGGGAGGGGAUCAUCCUUGAUUUUUUUUCCUGAUUUUUUUUUUUUACUUGUUUAGUUUGGGCUUUCUAGAAAUUUGAAGUGUAUUAUUUUCCUAGUUGAUUAAUAGCUUUGAAACAAUUUUUAUUUUGUUUAACUCCAGUAUAGUAAGAGACCCUGUUCACACUUGGACAUUUAGAUCAAUUUAUACGAGAUUGGUUCACUUUAGAACGAUUUAAGCCCAAUGUAAACGCUUUGAAUCAAUCUUGUAAAUUAGUCUAAUAUAAAACACAAAAAGAAGUAGUUUGUUUUGAAUCAAUCUUAGAGAACCAAUUUAACUGAUAUGUGAAAGCAGAGAUUGAUUUAAAGUAGUAUUAUUGAAUCGAAAAUAAUUUGUGCGCAAAUAUGGCAGAAAAAUCAAACAUAUAAUUUAUUACAAAAUGGAUGAACCACAUGAAAGUGCUGAAAAUAAACAAAAAACUAUAAGAACAGCAGUAUCAACAUUUGCACCUGUAACCUAAGUGAAUCAAUUACUUCAUCCAUUAUUUAUUUUUUUGCAAGUGUGUGUAUCAAAACAUUAAUUUGAUUAAAUAUUUAUACUUAUACAACUAAUACACAGUGAUAAUUAGGUCAGAUCAAUUGCAUUUUUACAAUGGAUUAUCUUGAGUCAUUCUGGUGUUUUAUUGACGUCGACAUUUCUACACAUGUGACUUGCAUUUUUGAAAACCAAACAUAUUUCGUAUAAUUACAUAAUUAGAUAAAUGAUAUGAAAAUGUUUUUUGUCGUGAGGAAUAUAUAUAUCAAUAGCAAAUCAUUGAAUACCAAUAAUUUGUGUUAACACAUGCAGAAGAAUAUCCUGAGAACGUUUUGCAACAAAAGUGGGAAAAUAUGAAUUAGUACUCAAAUCCUAUCAAUUAGAAAAACGAAUUAUAACAGAAGAGUAUCAUUAGAAUAGAAUGACAAACAAAUCCUAGGGGGAUCCAGGGGGGCCUAGACCCCCUUUUUGUGGGGAAAAUUUGGUUGACUAUAAAGGGAAUCACUGAAUGGAACGAGCUCCCUCUUGAGGCAGUCAGUGGGCCCCCCUUAUAAAAAUUUAUGGAUCAUUGCAAAAGGAUUAAAAUUUACAUGUAGAGGUAUUUAGAUGAUCUGCUAUAUAUAUAACUUGCUAUACAAUUAAAUAUGAUAUAUAUCAACAAACAUGAGUAUACUGAUAACAAAUGAUUAUAUCACUAAAAUAUAAUAGAUAUUACGGUGAGGUUGAAUUCCCUGCAAUUUAUUCAUCAUUCACACAGGAAAGUGUCUCAGAAAAAGAUAUAUUUAUGUAUCAUAACAACUAUCAGGUAUAACGUGACGGUACUUAAAUUGCACCUAUUUUGACAAGUUUUUUCACCUACGGUUUUUUUCUGAUAAAGACAAAAAAUUUCAUUUUGUGUUGAUUUUGUAGCUGUAUCCUUCUUUAUUAUGUAGGUACACCAAUUUGAUUUUUAAUCCCUAUUGAGUCAUAGAAAAAUUGGGUUUGAAUUGACCUCCAAACUAUCCAUGAUUCCGUAAUGAGGAGUACCCAAAUUGCACCAAUGCUUAAAUUUGUAUCGUCAAAAGUUGAAUAACAGAGCUUUUGUUUAAUUUCUUGAGAUAUUUUGAACAAUUGGAUAUUAGUCCAUGCUUCCUCUUCAUUUUUUAAGAAAUGGAUGCUUGUAACAUAUUGUAUUUGCCAAUUUUAAAAAGAUGACGUUUUAAUGACGUCGCAUGGCGUCGUUUUCAUACAUUUUACCCUUCCAGUAAACACUUCAUCUGUAGAUAAAUACUGUGACUGUUUUGUGUAAAUCUAAAUAUAUUUACCUAUCUUUAAAGACGUGCAUAGUAUCAAAUCAUAAAAUUACAAUCUUGUAAGAUUUCCGCUGCUAUUUUUGCCAAAUAGGUGCAAUUUGGGUACCUUUACGUUAAAGAUAUGAUUUUUUUCUGAGGCAAGUACUUGUGAUCCACUGGAACUUGCGGUCAUCCGAUGUUCAGUACUUCAGUACUUGUAGUUUGAAUGCAAUGGUUCAGGUUAAACCGAUAGAGAUCCUUAGGAUUAAAUAUGAUGUGAAGGCUAACUGGUCUUAUUUUAGAUCGAUCAAAAAAAUGCUAGUGUCUUACACACAGGAAAAGGCCAAACUUUUUAUUUUGUCAUUUAAUUUAACAAGGUGUUUUAACAAGUAAAAUUAAAAUUAUAAUUUAUAUUUUUAAUGCACAUUCACAAUAUAUCUGGAUUAACUUUUAUCAGGUAAACCUGAGAGCAAAUAUUUUGAAACCAAAAUACAUCAACAAUUGGUGUUAGAUUUCACUUUUUUUUGAAAGAAUGAUUAGAAUGUAGAAAGAUAAAAGGUCAUAGUGCUAGAAUACAGUGCUGUCAGUAAUAUUUGGCAGCACAUAUUUCAUGGGCAUUAGUCUGGCAUUCUAUGCAAUAGAAAAAGAGAUGUAAUACAAAUGUGAAACAAACUUUGAUUUUUAUUAAAUUCACAUGCUUCACAUACUUCUUAAUUCUUCAAAUAAAAGUCGAUGCAUUUCCCAUGUGAAAGACAUGUGAAGCAUGUGGAUUAGAAUAGAUGUCUUUUAUUUUUUUGAAAUGGCAAUGUCAGUAUUAAAGGUCUUAUGCAUUAUACAAAACAUUUCAAUUAUAUUCUGCAAUUAUUAUACUUCUUCUUGAUUUAUAUAGUUUGACAAUCACUGAAUGAUUUAUCAGGUACAGUUUAUUGAAAAUUUUAUCAUAUCAAAAAGUACAUAUUAACUUGUAAAUGAAUGUACCAUUUUAGAUCUAACAGCUUGUGUUCAAAACAAAAGAAUACUCAUCAUUAUGUAAAUAUGUAAAUAUAUAAACUUUUGUAUUUCUUAAUGAUUAUUUGAUCUAGUAUGUAUCAUCCCAUACAUCAGUAUAUAUAUUUCUACUACAUAUCAUAACAGUUAAUCUAAAAUUACCAUCAUGUUACCUUGUAAUUUGUCUAGAAUUGAUUGAAUUAUUUUAUACCAUUUGUAGUUAAGCACCUCUUAUUUAAUGCUUUUAGAGUGAUUUUAAGGUGUCCUGAAGUAAACUACUUUCUGUACAUAUUGACAGUAGUUAUUCUUGAGGCAAGACAUAUCUCCUUUUCAAAUUGACCUGUACAAUGUUUGACACAUUCUUAAAUAGCAAUAAUGAACAACUUAUAAAAUCAUUGUCAGUGCCAUAAGUCAGUCAUCUAACUCGAAUAUGCAUACAUGUAAUUUUUUUCAAAGUUAUAAGACAUUUUCACAUAUGUGGUUUAAUUUUUGGAGUCAAAGUGAGAUUCCUUUUUUCCAUAUAUGUGCGUACCUCUUAAAUCCUUUCGUGAUGUGGCUGCUCCUGUCAUUUAUUUUUCUUCAGCCAAUAAGUUCUUUUAAAAUUUAAUACUUUGAAUACAUCUAAUAGCUCCAUAGUUUUUACACAUUUAUUCUACAGUUCUCUACUUUCCAAAUUAAAACAAAUGGAUAAGUUUAGUAACUUUUUUUUAAAACAGAAACAUGUCUAAUAUCACUACACAGAGACUUUUUGUUUACACACAUCUCUUCAGUUCCUCAAUUAGAAGCACAUUAAGGAUAUUCACCCAUUUGUAAGACUUUAAGUGGUGACCCCCCUCUAUAUCCGCCUCUGACAUUAUGGUUCAGUUUGUUUUCAAAGUUUUUUCAAGACAAUUAUAACUUUGUCAAGUUUUUAUGGAAUUUUAUAAACUGAUUAUAAGAAACUUUUACAUGAUAUAAACAGUGGAAAUUAAGUGGCAAAAAAUAACUUUUCUGCUAACAAUGAGAUAUUAAAUUCAUCAAUGGUUUUAAGGUAUCCUGUGAGGAGCUUUUAAUGAUUUUUCUGCUGACUGCUUAUGUUACUGGAGCAAGAAAUUCUCUGUUUAAAUAAGCAACUUGUCAAUAGAGGUUUAAAUAUUUUAUUACAACAAACGCAGCAAAGACUAGCACUUAUGAAUUUCAGUCACUUGAAAAAUUAAAACAGAACUUCUGCCUAUAUAAACAUUUAAUGUGAUAGCACUGCACAAAAUCAAGAUUACAAGUUCUUUGAAAAAAGUAAAAUCUUUUAACGUUUAAUUAUUUAUAUUUUAUUUUAUUCUUUUCAUGAGUCACAGAAGUUGGUCAGUAACUACUCAAUUCUGUCCAAAACUUUCUUAAAAACUUUUUGGCUUCUAUUAAAGGGAAUGUUUUGAUAUUUGGUCUUGAUAAUGAUAAUGUUGAGUGAUAGAGAGUAAGACAAUUUUUCACAUCUGCUGUGUUCCUCUUAGCCUAUUGUUUAGAAUUUGAUACAACACUCAAUGUUCAUACGAAAUUUGUGACCGAGUUUUGUUGUCUUCUAUGAAAGUUAAAUUUAAAUAUUUGGUCUUGAAAUACUCAUUUAUGCUCUGUUGUACAAGUCAUCUCAAUCAAUUACAUGCAGCCAUGUAGGUCCCAGGUAUUAUAAUUUUAUGUCUAGCUGGCAUAAUUUUGUUUGAGAACCCAUAGUAUGUUUGCACCUCUCCAAGUCGGGAGCCUCUGGCCUUUGUAUGUCUUGUAUGAAUUUUGAUUUUAGUUCAUUUAUAUGUUUUGGAGUUAAGUAUGGCCUUCAUUAUCAAUGAACUAGUAGACAUUUUUUUUAGGGGCCAGCUGAAGCAUGCCUCUUGGGGCAGGAUUUUCUCACUGUGUUGAAGACCCAUUGGUGGCAUAGUCCUCAUUUCUUUUCACUAUUUUAUAGCAUUCCUACAUUUUCUUCGUUGUCAGCGUCAUCAAAAUCUGUGAUUGAAAAUGUAAAUAACUUAAUCAAGCCUUACUGGAAUUUUUGAAACUUAAGAAGUUUUUGUAGGAUCAAAAGACAUUGUCAGGAGUAUAUUUUGUAAUAUUUUUGAUAUCCUAAAUGUGUGUAUAAUAUUUGUAGCUGGAUGAUAAAGCAGCAAUCAGUCAAUCAACCAGUUUUUAUCUCAGGGUUACUUGUACCAUUUGUCAUCUGUUAGGAAAUCAUACAGUGCCAAUUGUCAGGUUUCAUAUAUAUUCUCUCCAGAAUUUAUGUACUACUUUAUUUAAGAAUUGAAUACUUCUAUUUGAAAAAAUUUGCAGAAGCUUUUCAUACUAAAAAUGUGUCCAAAGUCAAAGUUUUACAACCCUGUAAAAUUACUAAAAAAAGCAUUCAAUACUUAUAAUUUCAUUUUAUUGCUAGGAUCAUGAAAAUACAUUUGCUAUCAAUCAUUUUUCUUUUAUUUACCUGUGUACUUAUUGUGGAAGCUCAUGUCAUCAUGAAUGUUACGUUUCAUUUUGAAAUGAAGGUUGAUUUUAGAAUGAUGUGAGAUUGCUGAUAGCCAAUUAAAAUAAGGUAUUAUAAUGAAACAAACUUUUAAUGUAAUUAUUUCAAAGUAUAAGCCAACAUUUUGUUUGUUAUGUUAAUUUUGAUCUUUAUAUUGUAAUGUGAGAAUUCUCAAAUGUGGGAAGUAUUUCUGAGAGCCUAGGUAUUUUUGUUUGAAUAACAAAAAUCUUGUAGAAAUGUAGAUGAUUAUUAAGUUUUAUCUUCUUUUUGUUUUUCUUUUUGUUUCUUUAAAAUCCUUCAGGAGAAAGGAUCUUUAUAUUACCUGUAUAAAUGUAAAGGCAUGGAAACCUUUCCAAAAACUCUAAGACAGAAUCAUGAGUUUUAUUGUUUACUAUCUCUGGUUAUCAACAGCCCAGAGAUACAAUAGAAACAUUUAUAGCAGUUACAAUAAUUUACAAGCAUUUUCCAAAUAUAUCAAUAUGCAUCAAAGAUUUACAUCUUUAAAAGUUUUGUAUUUUGAAUAAACAAAAGUGAUAAUUAAGUGCACAUCAUGGACCGAAAGAAUUUUUCAAAUGAUAAAUAAGAUGUGAUGUUUUGGUCCUAGAAUUUUGACAUUAAAAAUGUGUAUGAACUAUUUAUUUUAUUUAAUUCUGGAAAUGAGGUUUUGGGAAAGGAAUAUGCUUUUGGUUUUCAACUGAACAACUUUUAUCAUUUAUAUUUUAGCAUCAUCCGGUGACUUCUGAAAUAUUUAAAAGUGUAAUUAACAUAUUCUCACUAAGAAUAUUACAUUGAAAAGAAUUGUUUUAUAAGCUCUGAUUCUUUUUAAUAAAGAAAAAAACAUUUAUUGUCAAAGUGAGCAUCUUCUGCAGAAAAGUUAAUUUUAUUUAAUUCUCAGAUGAUGUGAGUCAGAGUGAUGUUAAGAAAAAAGUAGCUUCCAUUUUAAUGUGUUCAUUAUUCAUUUCAAACUAUUUUAUGAACAAAAAUAAAAAAUAAAAAAAUG